AUGAGCAGUUUAGAAGAAUCUUUUUCUGAACCUUUCGAAGACUCAGGGUCAGAAUACGAAUUACCUACAGCAUGUAAUAGACGUAAUAAAAGAAAAAAUUUUUAUAUUGAUGAUAGUUCAUCUGAUGCAGAUGUGUUCUUUCCUGUUAAACAUUUGAGAAAUUUGCAUCAACUAGACGUUCAAAGUAAAAGCAGCAUUCCUGGAACAUCUAAGGCAGCAAAUUUAAAUAGCCCAGUCAAAUCAGAUGGCCCAAAUAGCCCAGACAAUUUAGAUGAUCCAAAUAUCCCAGACUAUUCAUAUGGUCAAAGCACACCAGUAAAGAAGACUAGGAAACGAAAAGCUAAUGAGGCUCUUUGGAAGAAAAAUAUUAGAAAAAGAUUGAGACAAAGCGGAGAAGAAUAUACAAGUUGUCGAGGCAAGAAUGUUAAGGCAAGGGCUUGUGAGUUCCUCCUCCAAAGAAUAUUUAGAGAGGACGUUGUCUUUAUCAAAAAUGUACGACCUAUACGUCAACUGGUGUGGAGAAAAAAUGUAAUACCAGAAAAAAAGUGGCUUUACUCAAACAUUUUUAAUUAUGAAUUUAAUCUUGGCUUCUUUAUCCCAAAAAAGGAUUUAUGCGAGGUGUGUACAGAAUAUCAUUCAAAAAAGGAAGAAGGAACAUUAAAUGAAAAUUUAGAGGAAAAAUAUAGGGCUCAUAUAAAAGCUAAACUAGAAGCUCGUGAAGAGAAACUAAGGGAUAUAUCGGUCUGUAAAAAUUACCCGUCUACAGCUCUAAUUUGUUUUGACAUGAAAAGUGUUCUAACUUGCCCACAAACACAAAUUUCAAAGGCCUAUUAUAAGAAGAAGUUUGCAGUUUAUAAUUUGACUGGAAAUGAUGUCGUUAAAAAGACUGGUUUCUGCGUUUUGUGGCAUGAACUUUUGAGCGGAAGAAAAGGUGUCGAUAUUGCAAGUGCGCUGUAUAUUCUUCUAAAUAAGUUUUUAUUGGGAAGGCCUGAUGUAACCAAAUUGAUUUUGUGGUCAGAUGCAUGUGUACCACAGAAUAAAAACUCGCACAUGUCUGCGGCUCUAUUAUACUUCUUAAAAAUGCAUCCUGAAAUACAGUCCAUUGUUCAAAAAUUUCAAGUCCCGGGUCAUAGCUGCGUCCAAGAAGUUGACGCCAUGCACAGUGUCCUGACCGCAAUUUAAACAAACUAGAAUUGCACAGUCCACUAGCUAUUUACAAAGCCAUUAAAAAUGUUAGAUCAAGAAAUCCCUUUCGAAUUAUCCAGAUGCAAAAAACAAUUUUUUUAGAUUUCAAAACUAUAUUACAAUUCGUCACUUUAUCGACUGUCCCAUA